AUAUGUUAUCCCCUAUGCUUAAAGAGUUAUUUGGACUAAACUAUGUAUCGUUUAGAAGAUAUAUACUACAUUAUAUCAGACUUUCAAGACAAAGAAUUAGAAAAAAUUAUAUUUUAAGAAUAAUUUGAAGUUUAAGAAAAUCAUUUUUAGAAAAAUUAUUACCAUUUCGUAUAAACAAUAUAGCAAUUGAGCGCUUUUUAUGUUUUAAAAUCACAAAUUCAUACAAAUAUUUAUGUUAUAUUCGUAAUUAAAAUCACGCCCUGCAUUAAGUCACCAUUUGUCUAGUACGAAAAACAUAUCUGCAAAGCUGUUUGAUUAUAUCCAAUAAAUUCACGUCAACCGUAGCGUAUGAGUAACAUUUAUGAGCGAACAUCUCAACCACCUGCACCCUGAGGAAAUAAGUCUACGCUUUUUCUCCACAUACACUCAGCUUUCCUCAACCGCGCUCUUCUACUCUCACUUAAUUUCACAGUACUUUGGCAAAGCUCUCUGCUGGCAAAGCUCUCCACUCCUCUCACUAACCGCUCACUUAGGCAAAUCAUUCAUCAAGCGACGCUGUGAUCGGUUUAUUUUUGUUUACAAUUUCGUUUGUUUUCGAAACAAGUGUCCCAAAAUUAAAACAAUAAAAACGCCACAAUCAAAAUAAACACGAAUAAUGGGCGAACGACCAAAGCAACUAUCAAAACAAAUACAACAAUUAAAAUGCAAUACACAAAUUUAGGAAGAAAAUGAGUACGCGAGUGUGCGCUUUGUUUAUGUGUGUAUUUUUUGAAGUCUAAUUUUUGUUUGGCACGCAUACAUACAUACACACACUAGCGCAAAGUUAAGCCGCGAGACAAAUUUGCGUUGACGGCGAUGAGCCAUCGGUGACAUAUUGAAACGACACGCACACGCAGACAACGCUGCAGCUGGUGAACGCCAAUGGCGGACAGACAUGCAGACCUUGCUGACGAAGACGAAAUGCUGACAACGUCGACAGGCGGAAAGGCGACGACGACAGUGACGAUGUUGCUGCUGCGAGUGUGUUGUGCUGCCGCUCAUUGAAGUGUAUUUCGACGGUGAUAAUUACGUUGAGCUGCAGCAAACACAUACAAUUACCGUUAUGUUGUUGCGUGCGAGUGCUGAGUGUGCUAAGCGUGUGCGCUGUGUACUACAAGAGUGUUGCCUUGUGUUUUGGUCCAAAAAAAUAGAAAAAGAGAAUAUUUAGGCAAAUGAAAUGUGAGAGAAAAACUAUUACACACACAGACAUAUGUACAUAAAUAUGCACAUAAAUACAAAUAGCAAAAGGUGUGAAAUGCUUACUUUUACAAAUGACUUUUGUUUACAAUUACAGCAAUAAAAUAUUUUUUUCUGUGUUCAACGUUUAAGAAAAAUAGUGUGUGAUUUAGGAAGAACGAGUGUGAUUUAGAAAAAGUGCGAAAUUAAAUAAAGCACUAAUUUUUGCAUGAAUUCUUAAUGAUUUAUUGUCAAUUUUACAAUUAAAAUAGUAAUUGAAAACUUACGGAAGUAAUCUAAGAAAAAAAAUCGUGCUUGUGUGUGCAGAGAAACCAAAAUUUAUGUUGUUUUAAACUGAGUGUUCGUGUGCACCACAUUUGGAUUAUGGAAAAUGUUACUGCGACCGCAACAGCAGCCACUAUACGACAGCAACAGCAACAAUUACAACAGCAUCAACAGUUGCAGCAACACCAUCAAGAACAGCAGCAACAACAUGAACAUCAACAGCAAUUUUGCUUGCGUUGGCACAAUCAUCAGACUAGUCUCCUGAGCACACUGCCAGUGCUGUUGGAUCAAUCGCAUCUGACCGAUGUCACCAUCUCGGCAGAGGGGCGUACUUUGCGUGCGCAUAGAGUUGUGCUCAGCGCAUGCAGCACUUUCUUUCUGGAGCUCUUUCGUACACUGGACACCACCAGCCACCCAAUUAUUAUCAUACCCGGCGCUUCGUUUGCAGCCAUUGUGGCGCUGCUCACCUUCAUGUACUCCGGUGAGGUGAAUGUGUAUGAAGAGCAGAUACCGAUGUUGCUUAAUCUGGCAGAGACUUUAGGCAUUAAAGGACUGGCAGAUGUGCAAAAUAAUUUACAGAAAGCAAAUAGACGCGCUGCAACAGCACCACCGGCGCCCCCACCGCCCGCGCAUGACUUCUUGGAUGCCUUGCGUAAAGAAGAGUCGGACACACCGCCUACGCCACCCUCCCCACCAGCAGUACCAACGACUUCUAUGGCACCGCCUACGCUGCCACCACCUUUAGCCUCCACCGUACCUCCGCCAAGCGCGCAGUUACCUUUACUCUCCGCCGCCACAGUGCCGAACGCAUUCAAUUCAACGCUACUCGGCAGCAAGCUUCCCACACCGCUGGAGAGCUUGUUUCUCAAAUCCUUGCAGUUUUAUCCAAACUUGCUGCCGCAGCCACUAAAUUUUUCACAAACAGCGCUGAAUAAGACGAAUGAGUUGCUGGCUAAAUACCAACAACAAUGCAACAGUUUGUAUCAGGAUGCGCUGAGCUUGUCCGCCAAGGAGAUUUCGCCAGCAUACGCCGCUGAUGACUAUGCAUCAACUGGCCAGGUGUUUACUGGCGCGUUGGAUGAGGCUGCUGUUGGUUAUGGCGCUGCUAAGCGUUUUUGUUUGGGUGAAAAACAGCGCACAUUGAGCUUAUCAACGGCGCAGCCCCAAAUGACGCAUCUACAUUAUCCGCAUCAACCGCCACAUGUACCGUCAUCACAAGCGCACAUGCAACACACCUUAACACAUACACAAACGAGUUCACCACAACAAAAAGACAUCAAACGUAUUGAUAAGAUUGUAGAAAAUUUACGGAAAACGCCAACAGUCGGCGAAAGUGGGUUGCUGGGCACAACGUGUGCGCCGCAGUCACUUCAGCAGCAGCGUCAAUCACCGCUACAACAGCAUCAAAACCUACAUGGUCAACUUCAGACGCCGUCGCUGAGCGUGAAGACCUCAUUGGGCGGUAACUACACGCCCACCUUGCAAUCACCUCAUUUGAGUGGCCACAAAUCACCCUGGUCUUUGUCUGCGACAGCAACUUGCGGUGCGACGCAGAGUCAAUUGCAGCAACAGCACCAACAACACGCACACGCUAUGCCUUAUUUGAGCGCAGAGGAGCAGGUGGCCAAGCUGCAGCAGCAAAUCGAUCAGUUUGCUAGCUGUAGUCGCAGCGUUGCACCGACUGCAACCACAGUAACGGGCGCCGGCGGUAGUGAGCUUAAAGCUAACACACAGUCCGAUACGAAUUUAUUGACUACACAGUCAGAGAAGCCACCCACUGGCUCAACACAUGCGGCGCACACGUCCAAUGCGCCGAAUAUAACUCCACAGCAGAAACCACCGUCCAAUUCGAAGUUGUAUGCGACCUGCUUCAUAUGCCACAAACAACUCAGCAAUCAAUACAACUUGCGUGUGCACCUAGAAACCCAUCAGAAUGUACGUUAUGCUUGUAAUGUGUGCUCGCAUGUGUCGCGCAGUAAGGACGCUUUGCGUAAGCAUGUCUCUUACCGCCAUCCCGGCGCGCCCUCACCCUGCGAAUCGGAAGCGCGUCGUAAACGUGCCUCUAAAGCGGCUAAUGCGUCACCGCCCGUCAUUACCGUCACCACGCCAACAAGCGCUGGCAAUUCAAGCAGCGGCAGCGCGACACCCACCUCACCUGCCGCUGCUGUCAGCGCACCAUUUCAAUUGAAUCCCCUCAAUACGAUUGCCACGUCAGCUGCAGGCACAACGUCCACCUCAAGCGGCAGCACGUCUGGUUUGGACGCGGAUGUGCAAAUGGUGGCGGCAGCACAAUUGAGUUCCGCAUAUAUGUUUCUACCAAAUCAAUUUCACUUAGCGGCUGCAGCAGCUGCUGCUGCACAACAACAACAGCAGCAGCAACAACAACAAUUACAUAAUGUCAUAGAUGCUACGAAUACAGCAGCAGCGGCUGCUGCUUUAAGUUUUGCCGCAACUUCGGCAGCAUCUGCGUCAACUACCACGACUGCAGCGAAUGGUGAAGAUAGUGCUGCCGGCUUAUUGGCAGGUAGUAUGCAUAUAAAACGUGAACCCAGUCCAACUAUAAGCAGUCCAGGGGUGAGGCAACAAAUUAACAGCAAUAACAAUAGCCUGGGCGGCGGAGCCGAUAUGAGUCCAACCAAUAUGCCUUAAUAAAAAUGUUUGCAGCACCUACUUUAGACACACGUAACACUUUUCAGCGCACUUUUUUACCACUUACUAACUUAUUUCUAUCUAUGUUCAUUAUGACACAAUUUUAUUAGCAUUAUUAUUGCUUAUUUAGUAGUUAAAAAGCGGCUAUUAGACAUAAGUCCUUUAAAGACCUUUGAUUUCACGUCAAUCCCAUCGUAAGCCCCGGCUGUGAUAAUUAGUGAAACCCGUUUAAUUUAAUUAUUUUAUUGAAAUUAAUGUAAUAAAUUUUAGUUAUUUUUAUAAAUAAUAGCAAUCACUUAGCACCUUCAUAAGUAACGCCACUGACAUUCGAACAGCUGUUUGUUGAAAUGUUUGCAGUUUUCAAAGUCAAAUAUCAGUAAAUUAUAGGCUAGAUUACUUAAUGUUUGCGGUUUUCAUAGUCAAAUAUCAGUAAAUCAUAGACUAUAUUGCUUAGUGCCAGACUUUCCACAAGAAUUUAAGUUAUGUAGACUUGAGAGUAAUAAUAAAGCAGAACUUACCCAUUUUUCGCCCAAUUUGCUUUGCAGUUUGCGGAAGGCAUUACAAAACACUUGUGGAUUUGGUUAUUAAUACACUAACUUUCCCAUUAUUUCUGUAAACACUUUAAUACACCACUUUUAAUUACCAAAAUGCUCUGUAAAUGUGCUAAAACUCCACUUUUGCACAUUUCGAACGGAGAAAUUAGCACUUGGGCCAAUAUGUUUUGCUGCUUCUUAAUGGUAGAAUGCUUCUUAAUGAAGCAAUAGACACACAUUAUGCACACUAUACGUACACACUUCAUCUAAUUUCGAUUUCACACAAUAAAUUUGUUAAAAACACACUUUACACACUCUUAACAAAGAAAUCAACAAUUUAUACUUUCUGCCGUGCCGCCUUCUAAAAGCUUGUGCUGGAAGCAGGCACACAUGCUUAUUUGCGUUAUUUCUUCACUACUUUUCAUAAUAUAUCCACUUAUUUACAAUUAAUACACUACACAUUGUUUUUUAAUACACACCGCACAUUAAAUAAAAUAUAUUUUCUCACUUUUAACAACAAAUUAACACUUUUCUAAGUACAUUGCACAAGUAACGCCUUUUGACAGCUAAAGGAAGCGGAAAACUGUAAAUUUAAAACAGUGCUGCCAUACGAGCAAGUGGUGACAUUUAAUUAGUCAGGGUAGCAUUUCCAUUAUAAAAAUUUGUUUAAAUGUGCUGAAUUUGUUAAUUUCAAAUAAUUAAUCUUAAUUUUUUAUUGUUGUUUUUGUUUUUUAAAUAAGAAAAAUCCCUUGCAUAUUAUAUGUACAUUAUAGGAGGCUUUUUUGGUUAGAAAUCCUCAUCACUUUUCUGACAAUAAACCAAAUGUGGUUUAAUUAGAAAAAUAAUAAUGAAAUAGUUAAAUUAUUUUUAUUUUGCUAUAUAAAAAAUAUAUACAUAUAUAUAAAUUUAUUUAUUUAAAUACUUUUCAAAACUAACAAUUAUUUUUUAAAAAUUGUAAUUCAAUUGUUAUUGCACGCAAUUAUAUUGAAAGACAGCAAAGUUAAUCAAUUUGUACAUCUACGCAGCCAUACAACACAUCUACAGAUGUAUAUAUGUAUGUAUUUGAAUAAUACAUACACAUUAAAUAGGCUUCGCAAAUUUAAUAUAAAUUAGACUGUAAGUUAAAAAGGCACAUUUUAUACAAAGAAAAUGACUUUUAUACACAAACAACACACACAAAAAGACAAAAUAAAUUUAUUUAAUAUUUUAAAUUUUAUAUAAAAUUAGACAUGUUUAAUAAAAAUAUGAAUUUUGAAAAAAA